AUGUUACUAUUGUUUCUGAUAAUACCGUUGUCACUUGCUCAAAAUCUAUACGGCCCAUCACAACUCGAUCAGUACGCUCGUCUGCUAAAUUCUGGAAAUCUAGGCGGUUUUGGAUUCUUUCAACAUGCUUUGACCCAGGGAACACUACGAGGUCUUGGUGAUUUUAAUACACCUCCAUUGAUAGUCGGUCUUCCACCCCUUCCUCUUACACAUGAAGAAGUAAUGAAUCAGUUGACUUCAACACCACGUCCACCUAUAACUCGUGCCACCGCCAUACCCACUACACCAUCAACGAAUCCGGGUGGCAUUUAUGCCGUCAAUGCUAUGGUCGAACUACCCCCUAUGCCAGAAAGCCGGCCAAAACCACCUCCACUGCAACGAGAACCCGAGUACAACAAUUUGCUGGCCGAAAUUGAGGAAUACGAUGAUUUUUUGGAGGAAGAACGUUUGUACCGCUCUCGCUAUCCCCAAGCUUCACUUCCGAAUCCUUAUCGAAACCUACCACCCGGUCAACUUCCAUCAGCUGGCGCCUAUUCAGUACUCGUCGCUCAUGCAUAA